GCAAAUUUGCCAUUUCAACAACAUACAAGAAUGCUAUUGGAAAGCAGAAGGAAUUGGCAAACAAUUGUGGAUCUGGUCUUUGGUCAUUGAAGAGGCAAAACGAAGAAUUCCUGGCAAUGGAAGCUGGGUGUCAGCCUGUCAGUGAAGAGCAGGACGAAACCUCCAUAGAUGCCUGGACGGAGUCUGAGAUGAUACCCGGUGAUGUGUUCCGAAGUAUGGAAGACCUUCGAAUAUCAGGAGAAUUAGCUGAAAGCUGUGCCACAGACCAGGCCACAUCAGGGGAAGGGAUCACAUCUGAGCUGGCUGAAAACGUCACGGAGCAGGCAACAUCAGAUAAAGAGUUGAGGACCUCAUCAGAGUUGACUGAAGGAAGUGCCGUGGACCAGGGUUCUGGACAUGAUGUGAGGAUCACAUCUCAGUCGUUGGUGGAGAAGUGCUCGACUACACCACACACUUAUUCCAUCAUCUUUGAUAAUUUAGAUUUUUUCAUGCACACACACCACCAGUCCACCCUACACAGUAACAAGUCAAUUCAUUGGAUACACCACAUCGCUGUCCAGGACCGUGUCCCCAUUUAUCACCUGGCUAAUGACAAACCAAUUGGAAAUCUUCUGGACUAUGACCUGAAUUUGUCACUCCCUAGCCAGAAUGAACAAAUGCAGAUGCGAAGAGAGUUCAUUGUUUUCACCAGCCGAAUCCUGUCUAGCUAUCUGUCUGUAUUCAAGCCAUUCUCCAAUGUGGUUGUGCGACACAUACCGCAUCAGUAUUCAGCAGAAAUGGCGCAGCAUUCCACUGAUUACCCAUUAGGACUGCUUUUCAAAGAUGAAAACAAAUCUGCCGAUUUGGCAGAAGUACUUCAUCACUUUCAGAACACGUAA